AUGGAACAUUGGGACCUAGAAACUAAGGAGCUCAUGUUUGAGUCCCUCAUCGGCACCGGUCUUCGCACUUUUCUUGAAGAAUCCGGACCCAUACUCCUUCUAGACGUCAUCAACUUCUUAAUUGUUUCCACAGUGAGAGACCACACCUUCUGGCUGGAUGAAAACGAAUUUGCUCAAACGUUCAAUCUGCCCACAAAAGGGUUUUCCGACUUCCCGACCCGGGUGGGAAGUGCAGCAACCGAUUAUUCAGAAAUUUUCUCCGGUACCGAGCAAUACGCCUAUCAAUUGGUCAUUGGUCAUCUUCCAAAAUCUGAGGACUAUGGUGGAGACCAAGAAAGUCGUAACACAUUUCCACGAUUAAAUAAUAUUUCAUUCUGGUUGUUGCCACCAAGUCUCUUGCUCCUAUUAAGUCCAGCCUUAGUAGAAGUGGGUAGCGGCACUGGGUGGACAGUCUACCCGCCCUUAAGUGGUAUUACCAGCCAUUCUGGAGGAGCAGUUGAUUCAGCAAUUUCUAGUCUUCAUCUAUCUGGUGUUUCAUCCAUUUUAGGUUCUAUCAAUUUUAUAACAACUAUCUCCAACAUGCGUGGACCUGGAAUGACUAUGCAUAGAUCACCUCUAUUUGUGUGGUCCGUUCUAGUGACAGCAUUCCUACUUUUAUUAUCACUUCCGGUACUGGCAGGGGCAAUUACCAUGUUAUUAACCGAUCGAAACUUUAAUACAACCUUUUCUGAUCCCGCUGGAGGGGGAGAUCCUAUAUUAUACCAGCAUCUCUUUCGGUUCUUUGGUCAUCCAGAGGUGUAUAUUCCCAUUCUGCCUGGAUCCGGUAUCAUAAGUCAUAUCGUUUCUACUUUUUCGGGAAAACCGGUCUUCGGGUAUCUAGGCAUGGUUUAUGCUAUGAUCAGUACAGGUGUUCUUGGAUUUCUUGUUUGGGCUCAUCAUAUGUUUACUGUGGGCUUAGACGUUGAUACCCGUGCCUACUUCACCGCAGCUACCAUGAUCAUAGCUGUCCCCACUGGAAUCAAAAUCUUUAGUUGGAUCGCUACCAUGUGGGGGGGUUCAAUACAAUACAAAACACCCAUGUUAUUUGCUGUAGGGUCCAUCUUUUUAUUCACCAUAGGAGGACUCACUGGAAUAGUACUGGCUAAUUCUGGGCUAGACAUUGCUCUACAUGAUACUUAUUAUGUGGUUGCACAUUUCCAUUAUGUACUUUCUAUGGGAGCCGUUUUUGCUUUAUUUGCAGGAUUUCACUAUUGGGUAGGUAAAAUCUUUGGUCGGACAUACCCUGAAACUUUAGGUCAAAUCCAUUUUUGGAUAACUUUUUUCGGGGUUAAUCCGACCUUCUUUCCUAUGCAUUUCUUAGGACUUUCGGGUAUGCCACGUCGCAUUCCAGAUUAUCCAGAUGCUUACGCUGGAUGGAAUGCACUUAGCAGUUUUGGCUCUUAUAUAUCCGUAGUUGGGAUUUGUCGUUUCUUCGGGGUCGUAACAAUCACUUCAAGCAGUGGAAAGAACAAAAGAUGUGCUUCAAGUCCUUGGGCUGUUGAACAGAAUUCAACCACAUCGGAAUGGAUGGUACAAAGUCCUCCAGCUUUUCAUACUUUUGGAGAACUUCCAGCUAUCAAGGAGACGAAGGGCUAUGUGAAGUAAAAGAAGAAAAUCAAGGGUCGC